AUGCCCAACUUCCUCUCCUCCGUCGCGGCUCACGCAAAGGCCCACCACGAGAGCAUCAACGCUGCCUGCAACGCCUACUACGGCGGCUCCGUAUCUACCUAUACCAGCCCGGCAUCUUCCACACAAACCUCCCGCAACCCCUCCACCACCUCCAGCCAACAGCGCAACCCCACAAACGCGUCCAAGGCCUGGAAAGCCCUCAAGAAGCACCACCAAGAGAUGAACUCUGCCUUUGCCGUCUACUACAGCCCCAGCUUCUCUCCCUCCGCAUCUCGCUCAUCAUCUACUGCGAGCAGCCCGAGGCAGAGCGGCGAGGCAUCCAGGAAGAGCGCCGGUGCUGCGCCUGCUACUUUCGAGGAGAAGGAGGCUGCGCAGGAGGGACCCAGGAACUACCAGAAGGCCUGGAAGGGACUCAAGAACAGGAUUGUUGAGCACCACAGGAGCGUCAGCAAUGCUUACGAGCACACCUACGGCGCUCCUCACAACUAG